AUGGUGACCAAAGAACAACAACGCUUACCUGACCUGUGUACUUCAGAAGGUUAUGUGCAUAAAAGAACAGAUUUUCGAAGUGGCGACCCACUACAAGAGGAUAGCACUUGGAAAUUAUGGGUUCCAUCUGAAUUGCGAUGGUCAUUAGCAGAACGAGUACACGUAUCACCAUCAUCUGGACACGGAGGGAUGCAAAAGACCUUGGCAAAAUUAAAGGUGUCAUAUAGAAUGAGAAAACCACUCAUGGGAAUGCAAACGAUAACCGAAAAACCGUUCCAACGUCUGUAUGUGGAUUUCAUGGGACCUUACCCUGGGACUAACACAGGUAAUACGGUGAUUUUUGUAGGGCUAGACCACUUCUCAAAAUACGUAUUUCUCAAACUGAUGCGUUCAGCUACAGUCCAGAAUAUGAUAAAGUAUCUUGAGGCUGAUGUCUUUCACACAUUUGGUGUACCAGAAAUAAUGCAUUCCGAUAACGGGAAACAAUUUAUUUCAGAAGCCUUUAAGUCAUUCUUGCAAAAAUAUGGAGUGAAACACAUCCGAACUGGAUUUUAUUCUCCCCAAGCCAAUGCUGCCGAACGAGUAAAUCAGUCAGUACUUCAGAUCGUUCGUUCUUAUAUACAAGAACACCAAUGUAAUUGGGAUCAGUAUGUAAGUGAGGCAGCAUUUGCACUCAGAAGUGUGAAACACAGCUCGAUAGGUAUGGAACCAUAA